AUGACGGUGCAGCGGCGAACGCGGAAACCGGCAAGCUACACCGACCUGACGGUAGACUCGGACGAGGAGGUCAUGCCCCUCACGACAAGCAAGUUGCAAAACAAGCGCAAGAGGGUGGAAUCGCCCAGUGAGGAGAGCGAUGUGCCCGACCUGGAGGAGGAGGAAUAUGAGGUCGAAUACAUUGUCAAGUCCCGUCUCAAGCAGUACGGCAAAAAGGUGGUCCUCGAGUACUUUAUCCACUGGAAGAACUACCCAGAGGAGGAGCGUACAUGGACCUUAGCGGACCAGUUUGACGACGAUGACCCGCCGGUCGUCGCGUUCUACGAGAAGAACCCGCGAGCGCCCCGACGAGGACAAGAUACGCCUUUCUCGCUUCUCAUGGGCAAAAAAGCGGCAACACAGACUCCGGUGAAGAAGGCCCCUAAGCCCGCUGCAAAAGCUACAAAGCCGGCCAAGGCGCCCGCGCCGGGCAAGGAGAACCGCGCAAUCAAGAAGCCGCGUGUGGAUGAGAGCGACGAGGACGAGUUUGUUCCUCCAGAGGACGACGAUGUAAAGGACGACGACGAUGAUGACUACGACGACGCUGUCGCUUCCGAAUCUGACGGCCCUGCGGACGACUUUGACGAGGAAGACGAGGACUCUGAGCCCUCCAAGCCGGCCAAGGUCGCCAAGAAGACGCAUGGCAGCUGGGGUGUUGCGAACAAGGGUCAGAAGAAGGCGGCCGUCAAGCUGUCAGUAGACGUUCUGUGCCAGGCUGACCCCAGUGGCUCGUUCAGGCCCAAGAUCAAACCGCUCAACAUCAAAGAGUCGACCGGUGCCGCUCACAGCGCCAACGAAGCCCUUCCGCCGAUUCACGAUAUCCCGGCGAUGUUUGAUCACAUGGUGUCCCGCGUGCCGACGAUCGUCGACGUCGUCAAGCGGCUUAACGGGCGCAAACUCCGCGUCGCCACCAUGUGCUCGGGCACAGAGUCCCCCCUGCUCGCCCUCAACAUGAUUGCCAAGUCGAUGGAGGAGCAGUACGAUGUCAAGCUCAACGUGGAGCACGUCUUCUCCUGCGAGAUCGAGCCCUUCAAGCAGGCCUACAUCGAGCGCAACUUCCGGCCGCCGAUCCUCUUCCGUGACGUGACCGAGCUGGGGCGCAAAAAGGCACACACCGCCUACGGCUCCCUCGUCGAUGUUCCCGGCAAUGUCGACCUCUUGAUUGCGGGAACAUCGUGUGUCGACUACUCCGGACUGAACAAUGUCAAGCAGGACAUUGACGCGAACGGCGAAUCGGGACGGACGUUCCGCGGCAUGUUGCAGUGGGUCAACAAGCACAGGCCGCCCGUCGUUCUCCUCGAAAACGUCUGCAGUGCGCCGUGGGACAAGGUCGUGCAGUACUUUGGCGAGAUCAACUAUGACGCAAACUAUGUUCGACUGGACACAAAGGAGUUCUACAUUCCGCACACUCGAACCCGUGUUUAUCUCUACGCGACGCCGAUGGAAGGGAAGAAGGCAGAGCACCUGCCGGAAAAGUGGAUGGAAACUGUCAAGGCGCUCCGUCGACCUUGGUCUUCGUCCUUCGAGGCAUUCUUGCUGCCGGCAGACCACCCCGACAUUCACCGUGCUCGUCUCGACCUCGCCGCUGCAAAGUACUACAACGAUGGCUCGCAGCGGAAACCGACCGACUGGGGACGCUGCGAGUCGCGUCAUGCCCGUGCGCGCCAGGAAGAGGAGCUUGGCAAUCUGCGUCCGCUCACGGCAUGGAAGGAGGCAGGUGUCUGCAAGGGCCUCGACUGGACGUGGAACGACUGGCUCCAGGCGCAGACAGAGCGUGUCGUCGACCUUCUCGAAAUCUCCACGCUCCGCAUGGCCAAGGAGGGCAUCGACUCGGGCUUCAAGGCGUGCAUCUGGAACGUCUCCCAGAAUGUUGACAGACAGACGGGUUCAUCGCGUACCGCCCUGGCGCAGUGUCUGACGCCCAACAUGAUCCCGUGGGUCACAAACCGAGGUGGACCCGUCAUCGGUCGCGAGGCACUCUCUCUGCAAGGCAUUCCCGUUCGCGAGCUUCUUCUUACGAGCGAAAAUGAAGACCAGCUUGCCGACCUCGCAGGCAAUGCGAUGACCUCGACGGUCGUCGGCGCCUCGAUUGUUGCCGCUCUUCAGCUGACUGUUGACAAGCUUGAGGAGGGUGAGGACGCGAUGAAGGCGGCUGCCGAGCAGGAGGCAGAGGAGGCAGAGAACAAGCCCGCGACCAUUGUCGGAAGCGGCUCUCUGACGCCUCAGCGCCUUGAUCUCGCCAAGGUCGACUCGGCUCCACUCCAAGAGGUUCUUCGUGCAGCGCAGCAGAGCUCGCGUCACUGCGAGUGCGAAGGACAGUCUGGAACCGCUUCCGCUCCGAUCGACGAGUGCACGCUCUGCGGUUACCGCUCCUGCACUUCAUGCGGAGGUCGCCCCGAGCACGCCUACCAGCGGUGCCACACUCAGCGCCUCGAGCCGACGCAAUUUGAGCGCCUGUUCAAGUCUCUUCUGCCCAUGCGCGUCAAGGUCGCUGGUCUCACGCCCGCCUCUCUCGACAUUGUGCGUCGGAGGGCUAGCCAGGAGGGCAAGGGCUCCAUUCCGGAUGCGACGUGGAGCAUGUGGCGUGACGCUGUUGUCGAGGGUGUCAAGGAUACCGAGCUGCGCUUCCGUAUCCUGAAGCGUCAGAGCACAUGGACGGCCGUGUACGAGGGCCAGACGGCCAUUCUCGAACUGUGGCUGAAAUCGACUCCGGAGUGGCGUCUCACGAUCAAGACUCCUGUCGAUGAGCCAGUGAACAGCCCGCUGCGCAAGCUGCUCCUCCGUCCCGUCGCUCGCAUGCGACUCGACCCCGACAGCGACAAUGUCCUCAGCGGUGACUGGGAGGUGUGCGUCCCGUCUGAGCAAGAGUUCCGCAUCGAGGUCACCGGGUGCGGCGACAAGGUUCCGACUUGGCAGGCGUCGCUCGGUCUCCAGGGCAAGUUCGUCGGCAACGAGCGCUGGUCCAAGGUCAACGUUCACGUCCCUCCCGAGGCAGAGCGUGCUCUCGACAGGGACGUGUCGGGCAUCUACACUCUGCUGCCCAGGUGCGGCCAGAACCAGGCCUCGCUUCACAAGCAGGAGGGUGACAGCGACGAGCCGCUCUUCUUCUAUUUGAACGCGGACCGUGUUGGCAACUCGUCCGACGACCAAUACGUCUUUUCCACUUCCAUCGAGCGCGUCGACUAUGGCACCGAGCGCGACAUCGUUGCCUCCCUGGACAGAAAGUGGCGCGAGUCCACUCGGACGUCUGAAACUCCCAAGCUCCACGUCACCGGCGGCUGGGUCGUGGCCACCGAGGCCAAGCUGACUGCCGUCCAAGGCACUAACAUUGCCGUCGACGAUGUCACUGCCCACGCGGACGAGGCAACGUUUGCCAUCCCGAGCUCGUCGGAAGUCAUUUCGAACGCCACCUCUGACUGCGACCAGAGUGUGGCGAUUCUGUCGGUCACCGUGCCGCUCGACGCCAAGCAUGCCGAGAGCAUGUGGACGAAGGGAACCUGGGGCCAGGUCGACCUCGACAGGGAGGGUAACACGACGUUUGCAAACCUCGCCUGGAUCACGGAGCGUUUGCCGCCCCUCGACAGCUUCUCCAGUUGGAGCGUUCUGAAUGACUCCAAGUCGACGUGCCUCAAGUGUGCGCCGCGCCCUCCCACGAUCCACUGGAUCAAGCAAUCUGGCAAGUUUGACAAGGCAGGUCGCAAGACGACCAAGACGAUGAGCACGGUUAUCGCUUUCGAGGACCGCAAGGAGGCUGGUGUCUACGAAUACCCGUUCUCUGUGCAGUUGCGUCUCGACGACGGUACGGGCUCCUUCCGCAUAGGCCUCAACCCCUCGUCCCUUGCCCACCGAGCGAUGGCGCGUCUGCCCCAUGCUGGACGCGACGAUGUGGUACUCUCGUGGCGCCUCGUGACGUCGCUUGUGGCGGAGGAGCCCCAGCCGCCGCGCGUGUUCCUCCUCCCGAGCAACAAGCGCGACCCCCAGCACCCUCAACCGGAGGGCUUCUUGCUGCCCCUCCGUAAGGAGCAGCUGAGGUCGCUCUGGUGGAUGCUGCAGCAGGAGAAGGCUCCAGGCAAGACGCACACGUUCGUCGAGGAGGAAAUCUCCGAGGCCGCUCUCCCCGCCCUUGGCUGGCGCGCGGAGGGCAAGGCCGAGCGCCCCGUCAUGGUUCGUGGUGGUGUCAUCGCCGACCAGGUGGGCUACGGCAAGACGAUCAUUUCCCUCGCCCUCGUCGCCGAGACGCGUAACGAGAUUGACGGCGACACGCCCGAGCCGCCCGGACUGAUCGAUGUCCGAGCCACUCUGAUCAUCGUCCCUGGUCACCUCAGCAAGCAGUGGCCAAGCGAGAUUGAGCGCUUCACUGGCAAAAUGUUCCGCACGGUCGUCAUCCAGACCAUGAAGGACCUCGCAAACGUCAGCAUCGCCGACAUUUCAAAGGCGGACAUUGUCAUCAUGGCGGCCGAAGUGUUCGACUCGGACGUCUACUGGGAGCGAUUCGAGUAUCUCGGAGCGCAGCCCGAAGGCUGGCUGAAUGACAAGCAGGGUGGCCGUUUCUUCGGGGAACGCCUCGACACGGCCCUCGAGACGCUGCGCCAGGAGACCGAGGCGCUCAAGGACGGGGCCGACAAUGCCGUCGCUCUCAUGAAGGACCUUCACCAAAAGUCCAAGCAGGACGCCCAGAACAAGCGCGACGAGCUGCGUGCUUCCAACUUUGGCAAGCGUCUGAAGGGUGCCGCGUACCGCGACAAGUAUGACGCUACCCAGCCCCAAAAGACGAAGAAAAAGUCGGCCUCUGGUAGCCGCUGGGAGGUCGACGACGAUGACGAGGAGGAUGACGGCUCUGAAGACAUGGCCAUCCCCGCCCCGUCGUUCCGCGACGCCAAGGGCACCGAGUCGUACAGCAGCGCCAACCGCCCACUCGCCGCCGUCCUCCGUCUAUCCUCGUGUUACAAAUGGGUGCUUUCCGGCACACCUCCGGUCGAUGACUUUGCGUCUAUCCGCACGAUCGCCACGUUCAUGGGCAUUCACCUCGGUGUCGAGGACGACGCUGAGGGCAGUGCCCAGGCCAAGAAGGCAAGAAUGAAGGAGCAGACGGCCGCCGAGCGCUUCCACGCGUUCCGCGAGACGCACUCUGCUGCCUGGCACCGUCGUCGUGACGAUCUCGCGCAAGAGUUCCUCAACACCUUUGUCCGUCAAAACAUUGCCGAGAUUGACGACAUUCCGACGACCGAGCACAUUCACUCGAUCCGUCUCCCCGCGCGCAAGGAGACCAAGUUCAAGAACGUCACAGUCGGUGACCGCAACGCUCGUCUCGAGGAGGCCCUCGCCGACUCCAAGACCGCCGAGGAGGCUCUACUCAAGCGGUGCUGCCACUUCACUCUCGACCUGACGAACCGCAAGUUUGACGCCAAGACGGCACAGGAGGCGUGUGAGCACAUUGCUUCUGCGCGCCGUGCCCAGCUCCUGGCGUGCGAGGAAGACCUGCGGCGCACGAUCAACAACGCUGUCGCUUUACACGCCUACGUCAAGAAGAAGAACGGCUUCAACUCGGACGAGCGCCAACCCUUCAAAGAGUGGGCAAAGCUGUCGUUUGACGUCUCCAAGCACGACGGCGACGUCGAGGCUGCCGAGCGUCUCAUUGCCGUGCUCGAGAGCUGCGGCUUUGAAAAGGGCGCAAUCCCCGGUGUGCCCGCCGACAGCAAGGCGUCCAAGGUCUCUGGCAAGCCCGAGGACGUCAAGUGGGAGCUCCGCGAGCAAACCCACCUCCUCCGCCGUCUCGCCAAGGAGCUCGUCGGCCGUGUGCGCUCGCUGCGCUUCUUCGAAGUCGUCCGCAACCUGCAGCUUCGCGGCGACGAGGCUACCGCCGUCCUCGAGGGCAGCGAGUGUGGCCACACUCGCUCCGACGACAAGAUGGCCAUCCUCAGUUGCUGUGGUCACGUCGCCUGUCUCCAGUGCAUGACGGAAGCUGUCAACAACCAAAAGUGUGUCAAGCCCGACUCGUGCCACGCCCCUGUGCGCCACACCAACAUUGUCAAGGUUUCCACGCUCGGUGUCGAGGGCGAGCUUUCUUCUGGCCGUUAUGGCGCCAAACUGCAGCGCCUCGUCGACCUCAUCCGCUCGAUCCCCAAGAAGGAGCGCAUCCUCGUAUUCCUGCAGUGGGACGACCUCAUGGCCAAGGUAUCCGAGGCGCUCGACGCCGGUGGCAUCGGGCACGUCACCCUGGCUGGCGGCGUCAAGGCCAAGGCCAACACGCUCGACGCCUUCCAAAAGGGCAACAGCGCGCGUGUCCUCGUGCUCAAGAUGAACGAUGCGUCCGCCGCCGGCUCCAACCUGACCAUGGCAAACCACGCCAUUUUCAUCGGUCCCCUUUUCACCCCAACGCUGCUCAACUACCGCUCGACCGAGACGCAGGCGAUCGGCCGUGUCCGCCGCUUCGGACAGGAGAAAAAGGUCCACAUCCACCGUCUCCUUGUCCAGGACACGAUCGACUAUACCAUUUUCAACGCGCGCACCAAGGAGCUUUCCGAAAAAGCCGACUAUGUCGCGCUGCCCCGCGGCGAGUAUGUCCCGGGAGCCGGACGCAAGUCGCGCAUCACCGAAGACGUGAUUGAAAUUGAGGACGAGCUGUAA